AUGUACGCCAUUGAAGCAUUAAAAGCAGAGAGAAUAGGUCAUGGAUUGUGGGUUCUUGACGACCCAAAAGUUUAUGAAAAAGUAAAGGAAAAAGGAGUCCACUUUGAAGUCUGUCCAUGGGUCAUUUAUUUUGUAAGCAAAAGGGACUAUUUAAACAACCACCCAAUUGUAAAGUUCAAGGAGGAUGGAGUGAACUACUCGAUAAAUUCUGAUGAUUCGUUCAUGUUCCGUAAAGGUCUAAAUGGGAACUAUUCCUUCUUGGCAGAGAGGUACGGUUUUACCAUAGACGAAUUCAAGAGGACUAAUAUAAAUGCCGCAAAAGCUGCUUUUCUUCCAGAGGAUGAAAAGGAGCAACUCUUGGAGAGGCUAUACAAUGCUUAUGGAAUGUAG